UCUGGCCAUAGGAUGUGGGGUGAGCCGGACAGAUACCGUCCGGGCUAUUUACAGACGAUUUCUUUACUUGAAGAGCUAUUGUUCACUUGCGUGUAAGAAAAAAGAAAAACAAAAGAAAAGAAAAGAAAAGAAAAAGAAGAAAAGAAAGGAGAGAGAGAAAAGAAAAAAAAAAAGAUGAGAUUCCAGCCCUUUUUUUGGGUAUUUUUUAUUUUUGCCAUGAGUCUCCUUUUUAUCAGUGCACAGAAACCAGUUAAUUUCCCCAGGAGAAGAAAACUAUACAGACACAACUGCUUUCGCAGGAGAUGCAUUUCACUUCAUUCUCGAGUGCCCUUCCCAUGAGAAAACCUCUGAUUUCUUUGGCUCUACCAGAAGAAGGGUGAAAGCGAAGAUACCCAGUCACCGGAAAAACAACCUCGGGAUGGCAGCAGGACGGCAGCCCAGGAGUUACUACGCAACAGAAGCUGUUUCAGAGUACCUUGGAUGGCUUUUCAGACUGCUCUCCCUGGAUUUUCUUUGACAAGACAAUGAUAGAAAUGGAAAACAGAUGAGGUUAAAGCACACUCAUUUGUCUGAAUAACAAUCUCUCAUGCUGUUCUGUAUGUUCUUUGCGUAUAAUGUGUGAAUUAUACAUAGUGGUGGGUUUCACAAAGGUAUUUACAUACAAGUACAUCAUGUCCUAUGGCCGUCUUUUCACACAUGUGCAUCCCAUGCACUGACUAUUUACAGGCACACAUGUCAUGUACCGUCUUUCCACACAUGUGCAUCCCAUGCACUGACUAUUUACAGGCACACAUGUCAUGUACACUGACUAUAUUUACACACACGUACUUUCUCCCCCCUUUCUCUCCCCUCACCCUCCUGCGGGUCCCUUUUAUUCACCUGGGCAGUUUUGUUUCUAUUUUAAUGGUUUGUACACAUGAAUGAUUUUAUUGCACAUUAUUAUUCUUACAUGGAUUAAAAAGAAAACUACUU